AUCAAAAUCAAAAUCGAAUGGAAGACGGGAAAUCAAACAUUUUUGCCCUAAUUCCGUGCUUUUAACUAAUUUCUGUUUAAUUGAUGCAGUUUCUAGGUUAAAUAUUAAUUUUUAAAACUACCGUGAAUAAAGAAAACUAUAGUGAUUGUGUGAUACACCUAAGCUAUGUGAAAAAACUUCAACCAAAAUUAUUUCGGAAGCAGCUACCAUGGACGACGAUAUAGACAUUGAGGAGCACGAUGUGCUGGAUAACCCUCGCAUCAAAAGCAUGUUCCCUGACCUCUCCCGGGUGAAGAUCGAGAUACCUGAGGAAGAAGAUAUUGUCGAAACAUACAACCAUGAGGAAUUACAACUGAAAACGGAACAACCUCAAGAAAUGCUAUACCAAAACGAAUACAGUUUUGAGACGAUGCCAGAAGAUGUUGGAGAAACUGGAGAAAACGAAGAAUAUGAGGAAGAUAAUGAAUAUUUUUAUAAUAACCAGAUUAUAUUAGGGUCCAAACCGCCGAUAGACCCAGAGGUCCUAUACCAAGAAGCCUUAGAAUCGAACCCAAUAGUUUAUCUAGAAAAUUGGGAGGAAAGACUGAAAACCAGCCCGUGUUACUGCGAAACUUGUGCUAUCCUAUUCCCUACGGUCAACGCCUUGGACGCACACAAGAUGAUAAGCCAUUCCUAUCUGAUAGCUCUUGACAGCCCGAUGAAAAACACAGCCAGGAAAAGUACGGUGCCUUCUAAAUAUUGUAACCACUGUUCCAAUACUUUCCCGGACGAUACAUCUCUGAUAAAACAUUUAUAUGAAUUAUUACCCUUGAAUAACUUCCCAAAAGUUAAAGAAGAUAAGGCUGAGCCGGAUGUGAUACGAAAAGUACCCUCGACUAGUUCUGUACCCUGGCCAAAAAAGGUUAAAGGCAUACCUCAGGCUUUCCCAAAAAUUGUGCCGAAGAAAAUUAAGAUUGAAAAGGAAAUCAAAAUUGAGCCGGAAGUCAAAACAGAAGUCGAAACAAAGUCUAAAUAUGGCAAUAGGGAUGGCAAAUUUUUCGCUGCGUCCUCCUUAGUGCCGCAAAGUACGCUUUUUCAGUGUAAAAUAUGUCAAAUUGCGUUUGUUUCCUGUUUUUCUGCGCUACAACACUCCAGAUCUUGCGAAAAGUUAGCGCCAUUCGAAAAGUGCGGCAUUUGCAAGCGUAAAAUACGCCCUAAAGAUGCUAAGUUACAUAAGUUACAACAUAACCACAAUGAUAAGUUAAAAAUUUACACCGUCACCAAAAAUACGUAUUAUCAAAUUUUGUGUAAGUGCCCAAAGUGCUUGGCCUGUUUUGAUGAGUUGGGCUUCUGGGCUCAUUAUCCAAAAUGUAAGAGAGAGAAGAAAAUUACUUACUGCUCAGAUUGCGACUUAAAUAUUGCCACAAUAAGAUACCAAAACCACUGCUUAAAACAUACAGUGAAAAAGUUUACGAAAAAAGAUUUUAUUCUCAUAGAAUUUCAUGAUGGAAAAGCUAAAAAGUCUAGCAAUGUUGUGUCGUCAAAAACUCAAGAAGAGAUCAAAAGUUUGAUAAAAAAGACUCGGGAAGCCAAAAAUGAUAGUGAAAAAUCCGAGAGUGGGAUAACCCUAUAUUAUUGCGAGUUUUGCGGCUGUUGCCAGUGUAAGCUAACUUACAAAGGACAUGAGCACGGUCUGUGCAAAGAAAAGAUUGCCUCACAAAAAAAAUACUGCGACAAAUGUGGUUUGAGUUUCAGCACCAAGAGUUACGUCUCACAUUUAAAUUUACAUGAAAAAUAUUCCUUCAAGCUACAAGACAUAAAAAUAAUCAGUUUGACCACAGGCAAAGAAAUCGACCCAAUUAUGCCAGAAUUGUACAAAUGUAAGGAUUGUACCAAACAUUUUUUGUACCGUCAACAGAAACGAUCACACAAAUGUAAGACAGAAAAAUUCACAACGUGCAAGAUUUGUGCUAAAAAAUUCAACCUACAGGCAUAUAAGAUACACAAGCUAUUUCAUAAGGCUGAUAAAUUGAUUCCGGAGUUACUAAAAAAAUAUAACUCGAUACAAAGUACUUGGAAUAUUAUGUUCAUGUGUGCAACGUGUAGUUUGGUUACGAUGACCUAUGAUUCUGCAAUCACCCAUGCACAAGGACACUUGAAUUACCUAAUAAGUGAUUUUCCGAUCACAUGUAAAGUCUGCGAGCUGAAAAUAGCUGAGAAAGAGUUUGGAUUGCACGAGAAAUUGCACAGCAAUAAUGAGAGUAUCAAUAGGGAGUCCUUUAAGAUAUUAAACUACAGUUAUGAAAAUCUGUUUAAAACGGAUUGGUUGACUAUGUUCGAUGAGUUGCCGGAGCAAGAUAGGCAGCAAAUUCUGUCGCAGAGUAUUUAUAGAUACACGCGCAGUAUAAAAAUGCACAUUGAAGUGAACGCCUCAACGGACGACUACAAAUAUUUCUGUAUGAAUUGCAACAGCUUUGUCAACGGUCCCGAGAUCAGCGAACACAUACGAACAGAAUGUUCCAAAUCACUCAAUUACGUUUGUACCACAUGCGGAGAAAUUUUCAAAAAUUUCAAGCAAUUCUUGUCCCACGAUGUUCACGACGAGGGUAUCAAAAAUUCUUCUAUAGUGGCCUUUAAUAACGAGUGUGAUAAAGAUUUUAACGCUCACUUAAACAUGAUUGAAUCGAAAACUAAGCCUAAAAAAGUAAUAAAUAAAGUUAAAAAUUUACCUCUUUCCAAAUUGAGCAAGGUUUCGUCCGAUAAUUCUGCAAAUAAUAAGAAAAUUUACAAGAUUUACAAAUGUUUAAAAUGUUCUUGUUGUGUUAACUUACUGAAGUCAGUGGAAAGACAUAGUUGUGUUAUAUCAAAGUCAGACCGUUGGUUCUGUCAGACAUGCGGACAAUAUUUCUUUGCUAGAGGCAGACAAAUGCAUAUGGCCGCUCAUAAGAAAAAACCUCAGAUAACAAAAGAUAAAUUAGCUGUCAUAACCUUUAAUGGUAAAGAAAAAAUUCUCCCAGAAAAAAGAUUAGUAGCCAAAAUACUCCCAGAAAAAAGAUUAGUAGCCAAAAUUUUUCAAUGCAAAUGUGGUUUACACUUCACUUCUCAAAAAACUAUUGAAAGACACGUCAUUGGGUGUUCUCCUAAUCUCUCGGUUUCCAAAGAAACGUGCAGUAAAUGUGAAUUAUUGUUCCCCACCGAUGUCUUGGUCACCCAUCUUGUAAAUCACCAUAGUAAGCAAAUGAAAUUCAAAAUCGAAAAAUAUGAUAAAGCCAUUUUUUGGAAGUGUAGUAAUUGUGAAAUUCAUUUUUUGACCCGAAAUAGUAUUGCUGAGCAUUACGAAGACUGUGACCCACAGUAUGCUGUACAAUGUAGGUCGUGCAAGCUAAAUUUUACGGGAAAAGGUGUAGUGAAACAUUUGUGCAGUAAUAAAGAUAUUACUUACGUGAAUAAAGUUACUAUUUUUGACAAAGAAGCGUCUUCUAUUACCGUUUUUAAAUGUGUAGACUGCGAUAUUUGUUAUUUGAGACGAAAUUCGUUUAACUACCACUAUUUUGAUGUUCAACAUAGGUUAUAUAAACCGCCAUCGGUUUGCAAACAUUGUGGUCUAAAAUUCACCCAUUGUUCACUACAAAAACACUUAAAACUUCAUAAGAUACCGAACAGAAAAUUCCAAAUUAAAGUCCUGAACCCACUAACUGGUGAUUCUAAUAUAGUCACCGGUAUUAACGGUCUUAAUGAAGAUGAGGAUAAAAGAUCGUCUCCUAGAAAACGUAAAUUAGAACUGGAUAACAGUGCCUUAAUAAAAAAAGAGAAAUUAAGUCUUACAGAGAAUAAAACGCCUGAACGAAAAAGUCUAAGACGCCGACUUAAUGAUACGCCAUCGACUUCCAAAGGUGCGCCAUCGACUUCCAAAGACGCAAUAUCUGUCAGUUUUGAUAAUGUCAGCGACAAUGAGGAAGAGUCGACAAGUAUAUCAAAAAAGUUGAAGUCCCGAAUUCUCGUCCAAGGUUAUAGCAACCAUUUGUACAAAUGUGUUAUCUGUAACCAACAUUAUAUGAAAGAAGCAUCUUUCGAUUAUCACGCCAAAAACCAUAGAUUACAAGAAUUGAGUGAAAACUACGAAUGUGAUAUAUGUCACCUUGAAUUUUCAAGAUAUACUUUGCCCCGUCACAAAUAUGUUCAUCAUGACUGUAUGAAAUUGAAACGCGAAGAUUUUAUCAUAUUAACAGAUACUGCUAACAGUAAACAACAAGAAAUUCUAGAUAGAAUUGAAAGUCUUAAAAAGGCGGAAAGGCUAAAAUCGGAAAAUGUCAAAGCGAUUAAAAAUGACAAUCAUGAUGAUACGUUAAAUAUCAGUGAUGAUAUUUGUCAAACUGGUGAUACCAAUGAUAUUUGUCAAACUGAUAUUGACAAAAUUGUUUACUAUAAAUGUUUUGACUGCAAUGUAUGUUUUCUGAACCAUGAUAUGUGCUUAGAACAUACUAGAAACCACGAAUCUAUAGACUCAUUAAUGUAUAUAGAAUGCAAAAUUUGUAAUUUCCAAUUUUUAAUAGAUUCGUUAAAAGAACAUAUGGUUUUGCACCAUGCAAAUGAUUUUAAGAUUGAAAAUUUGACUGUACAUGAAUUCAAGGCUGCGGGUUUGGGUCUAGACCCGAAAAUAGAUAUUUAUCAGGCAGUCGAUAAAGUACAGUCUAGACUGGUUAGUACAACCACAGAUGUUGGUAUAAUUUGAAACUAAAAAUGUCUAAAAUCCUGUUUCUUAUAAAAAAAUACUAUUCGUCUUACUUGCCGACAGUUUUAACCGACUUCGAAAGAACACGAGGUUCUCAGUCUAUUUGUAUUUUUUAAGGCUCAAAAAAUAGGAGGCUAUUUCUAAUAUUUCGCUGUCCGUCUGUCACUAGGCUGUAUCUCAUGAACCGUGAUAGUAAGACAGUUGAAAUUUUCACAGAUGAUGUAUUUCUGUUGCCGCUAUAACAACAAAUACUGAAAACUAGAAUAAAAUAAACAAUUUCAAAGACAGGACUAGCACUUUUCCUACGGUUUCACCCGCGUCUCGUGGGAACUACUGCCCGUACCGGGAUAAAAUAUAGCCUAUGUUACUCGGGAAGAGUGUAGCUUCCCAACAGUGAAAGAUUUUUUCAAAUGGUUUCAGUAGUUUCGGAGCCUUUAGGGUACAAAAAAAUAAUGUAUCCUCUUUAUAACUAGCUUUCGCCCGCGUAGAGGUCGGUUAUAUCGCGUUUCCAAGAGAAUUCUUCAAAAGUCCGGGAUAAAAACUAUCCUAUGUUCUUUCUCAAGGUCAACUCUAUCUCUGUACCAAAUUUUAUUAAAAUCACUUCAGUGGUUUAGAUGUGUGCGUAACAGACAGACAGACAGAGUUACUUUCGCAUUUAUAAUAUUAGUAUACCUGAAAAGUUACUGUCGAUAAGCAAAAUGAAGAGUUUUUUAUUUAUAAGAAGCAUAAUUUGGGCGUUUUGGAUUUGUAAAAUGAUUCUUUCUGUAUAUAUUUUCUUUUUUUCAGACCACUAACUUUGAUUUUCGAAGUCAGAUUUAUCUUUAAGAAAUGACUUUCAUAUAAUAAUUAUGUUAGUAAGAAAAACUACAUUCAAAAUGGACGAGCAAUUUUCGUGAUUAGCCGUGAUAAAAAUGCUAAUAAAAUUUUUACCCGACUGCCGAAGGAAGGAAUAUUAAUUAAGUAUUCAAUGCAUUUAUAUAGUCAUGAUUAUGUUUACUGAAAUUCAUGCAGUGUCGCGGACAUGUUUACUAACAUGUUCGCGCGCAAUGUGUUACUGUUUGCUAGAGCGAGUACACCGCGAGAUACAUGCGGUGUGACACACAGUGCCGCACCAAGGGGGAAUCUCUCUUAUAUAACUUUACUCGUCUCAUAACAUUACUUUAACUAUCCAAAAUUGGCUACCAUGAUCUUCCGAGCCUUUUCCGUUGGGGUCGGCUUCCAGUCUAACCGGAUGCAGCUGAGUACCAGUGCUUUACAAGGAGCGACUGCCCUAUCUGACCUCAACCCAGUUACCCGGGCAACCCAAUACCCCUUGGUUAGACUGAUAAAGCUAUUUAAAUAAAAAUAAUUAUUUCUGAAUUAUGUAUUGUUUUAAUUUAAGUGUUUUUUUUUGUUAAUAUUUUGAUUUUCAACUUCGAAAUUGCAGUUUUUUUCAGCCCACCGACUUUUUUCGUAUCUUUAAAACUGAUAAUUGCCAUAUUAAUAAAUACUCUCUCACUUAAAUGUUGCUACACACAAAAAAUGCUAACAUUAAUCAUUCUAUGUUAUUUUUAACAUCGUUUUCACACUAGCGGAUUUUCCGCUCGUUUUUUUACGGAAAAAUUGAUAAUUAGAAUGUAAAAGGAGUCGAUGUAAAAUCGAUCUCAGUGGCGUGCACUUGGAGAGGCCUAUGUCCAGCAGUGGACUGCGAUAGGCUGAUGAUGAUGAUGAUGAAAAAGAGUCUGUAAAAUCGAGCGAUAAAAUCCACCAGUGUGAAAGUUUUUCCUAACUUUUGUUAAAACUUACUCUGAGUUGCACCAUUUAACUAUAACGAUAACCGAACCAUUUUCAGUUGUCGAAUCAUCGUUUCAACCAAUGGGCGCAAGACUGGUUAUGGUUUGGUUAUAAUUAAAUGGCUUAAACUUACUCUAAGGGUCCGUUCAGAUAGACCAGCUCGGAGAGCAUCGGCGCGCAUUUUUCUUUUCACACAGAUCGGAGUCGGCUCCGAUCGGCUGCGCGAGAUGCAAUUAGAGCCAAACGGCUGCAAGACCGAGAAAAAGUACACGAUCGGAGCCGGUGGGCUCCUCUUAUUAUUUCACACCGAGCGCCUCCGAGCAUUCUUAAUGACAAAAGCAGUGCACAUCCAAAAAUAAACCUUACUACAAAUACUAAGUACUCGAUUUUCAACGUGUUAAGAAUUUGCUCUCCUCUCCGAGCCGGUCUGUCUGAACGGAUCCUAAGAAAACCCUCACUGCAAACUAAACAGUCGGCCGACAGUUGCCCCGAUAGUUGGCAAUUUUUUUUAAAGAAAAUCUUGAUUCCAAUCAGUCGGUCGGUCUGAUACCGGCUAAAUACCUGAUCUUCGUAAUGUGCGUACUACCAUUCAUCUUCAUACUGAUUUAUGAGCCCAAACAAACUAUCGGCCGACUAAAAGUUUGCAGUGUGCUUAUAAUGUUGAUUGAAAAGAUGAUUUGUGAAUAAAAAUAAUUAGAUUAAG